AUGGACGACAGCGUAAUUGAAGAACAAGAAAACAUACCUCAGUUGUAUAAGAAGUCUAAGAAGCCUCAAAUUGACAUAGCCAAAGUUUGUGAAUAUAUUGAUGUAAGUGAAAUGAUUCGCUACUAUAUAUUUUUAUUAGGCACAAGAAGAUGACAAAGUUAUGGUGAAAAAGUACUCGCAAUACUUUGAUGAAUGGGUCAACUAUCUCUUAUGCGGCUUUAACAUAAUGAUUACUGGUCGGGGUUCCAAGAUAUCGCUACUUCAUCGGUUUAUGGAGUCGAAGAAGGUAAUGAACGACAGUUUUAUUGAAGUAAUGGGCCAUGAAUCGGACGUCUCUUUGUUGGAAGCUUUCAAAGUAGUGGCAGAUAAGUUGGAGAUCGAUGUGAGGUUUAAACGGGAUUCUAUUAUCAACCACGCUGAGAUCAUUGGCAACGCCAUUGAGGAGAAGAACAGCGACUUCCUUUUUGUCAUUCACAAUAUUGAUGGGCCGUGUUUAAGGUAAGAAGAAAUUUGUUAUACUUAUAUUUUUAUAGAAGCGAGCAAGCAAUGGAAGCCAUUAAGAAGCUGGGUUCCUUUUCUCAUGUCAAGAUCAUUAUGACAUUGGCUUUUCAGUACGGCGACAUUUACUGGAAUCCGGUACGUUCUUGUUUCUAUAAUUUUAAACCGUUUUUUGUUUUCUGAUCUGUCACUCAUAUUUAUAUAAAGAUUAUUUCAAUUUUAGGACAUGAAGUACUCUUUGAAGCUGAUCGAAUACGAUAUAAACACGUACCGUAUAGACUUGGACGAAUUACUAGCUUUAAACCCAAAAUUAGAAUCUCACGGUGGAAAGAAUGACAGUUACCACACACUGGAGUCUUUGGACAUGAUCUGGACGUCAUUGGCCGCCAAUACCCAGAAGAUUUGCAUCAAGUUGUACGAAAUGUGGCUACAAUCAGAGAACAGGGCCGUUUCUUUCUUUGAGUUGUUCACAGAAGUCCGCAAGAACUUUCUGACCACCAGUGAGGUCGUAUUGAACACCCAGAUAACAGAACUGAAGGACCAUUACUUCAUCUCGGUGAAUGAUGACAAGGUAAUUACCUUUUUCGUGGAACCCAUGUUGUUGGCUCAGUUCAUGGAGGACAAACUUUCACUUUGA